AAUUAAUCUGUACAAUAUAUCGAGGGACUCUGAAUAUUACCAUCUCUGAUAAUUAUUUACAUACAUCUGUGCUGUUUCCGUUUCCGGUUUAAGUGUCGCUAUUAAAAUGCUUUCCAAUUUACCGAUUGAGAUUCUAGAUAAGAUUUAUGGAUGUUUGAGUUUAAAAGAUAAACUUCAACUGGCUCAAGUCAACGAAAUCCUUGGCCAGGCAUUUUCCUACCAUAGUAAAUUGUUUUGUACACUUUUGGACUGCUAUGUUUUUACAAAUGAUAUAUUGAGAGUUUUUCUGCCGCUUUGCGGAGCGAGUGUGGUCCACAUGAAAACGACUGAAAACACAUUCGAGAAGCCAAUUGUGGAGCUAAUAUUAAAGCACUGCACCAACUUGAAAUCUACCAGUUCGGAGAUUCCAACUGAUCAUUUGAAGGAGUUCAAGGCAUUUAUAGGCAUUAAAAGCCUAAGAAAAAUUGAAUAUUUUAAUAAAUUUAGGUGUAAUCAUAUAAUCGAAUGCAUUAAUACAGAUUGUAAGGAGUUGAAAGUAUUUCACAUAAGGAAUGGACAGGCACAACACAUUCGAAGAUUGAAAAACUUGGAAAAACUGUACCUCAUUUGGCCUGAGAGAAAAAAUUUAUUAAAUAUUUUUGAAAUAGCCUCACACUUAAAAAAACUUCGCAGCUUGGUGGUUAUGUACAAUAUCGUUUCAUUAUGCCAGAAACUUGAUUUUUUAUUACCGGAAUUGGAAGAACUUGAGUUAGUGCAUUGCAGAAUUAGUCUGUCGGUAAUGCCAACAUGUCCAAAGCUCAAAUCGUUAAAAUUUGCGAGCACAGAAACUCUCAAUAUCGUUCAAAUUGUUUCAAAAUACGCCAAUACCCUGGAGCGUUUAUAUCUAUACUCAAUCAGUUAUCUUCCAAAAGAUUUAUUUGAAAUUAUCAGCAAAUGCAAAAAGUUGCAGUUGAUUCAUACAAAACUUUCCGUAAUUAACACUGUGUUUUCCGAUUCUCUGAAUUCCUUUGAUAACAUUUUGAGGGAAAAUGGUUUCAACGAACAAAGGCGUCUUGUUUGGGAAGUUAAUGAACGUAAUUCGGAAGAUGGGAUGCGAUUAUUGAUGCAAAAAUACACACAAUCGCAAAUGCGGAAACUAAUAGAAGUGAAUGUAACUGAUAAGAUACGAAGAACCCCUGUAACAAAUCUACGAGCUGCAUAUCCACUUGAGCGGUCCAUUUUGAAGUAUGUCAAUGGUUAAAUUAUAACGCAAUAAGUUUUUAGAAAUAUUUUUCUACUUGAAGAAAAUCAUACAAAAACCAUUUGAAUGCAUUCAUUCGGGCUUUUGAUUUUAAUUAAUAUUUUCUAAAUGGA